AUAUAUAUAUAUAUAUUUCCUUCUAUCGGAUGAGAAAACAAUUCUGUGCAUCAUGAGCACUCGUGUUCCCUAUGAACACAACUCGUACAGUGCAGGCCAUGGCUCCUCAGUGAUUCAGUGUUACCGGUGCAGAAAUGUCUGCAAGGGGGAGGUGGUGAGAGUGCAGCACACCCACUUCCAUGUCAAGUGCUUUACCUGCCACGUGUGCGGAUGUGACCUGGCCACAUCAGGCUUCUUCCAGAAGAACGGGGAGUACAUCUGCACUUCGGACUACCAGCGGCUGUAUGGGACACGAUGUGACAGCUGUGGGAACUUCAUCACUGGGGAGGUGGUCUCAGCUUUAGGCAGGACCUAUCACCCUAAGUGCUUCGUCUGCAGCAUCUGCAGGAAAGCUUUCCCCAUUGGAGACAGAGUGACUUUCAGUGGAAAAGGCUGUGUUUGCCAGCAGUGCUCUCAUGUCCUGCCCAGCAGCAAUGAACCUGUGAAGAUUCAUGGACCAAGCCAUUGUGCUGGGUGUAAAGAGGAGAUCAAACAAGGACAGUCCCUAUUAGCGCUGGAGAAGCAGUGGCACGUGAGCUGUUUCAAGUGCCAGACAUGUGGAAUUGUGUUGACAGGAGAGUACAUUAGCAAGGACGGAGUUCCAUACUGUGAAUCUGAUUACCAUUCCCAGUUCGGAAUUAAAUGUGAGACCUGCGAUAGAUAUAUCAGUGGAAGAGUGUUAGAGGCUGGUGGAAAGCACUACCACCCAACAUGUGCGAGAUGUGCUCGCUGCAAUAUGAUGUUUGCAGAAGGGGAAGAGAUGUAUCUCACAGGAUCAGCAGUUUGGCACCCACAGUGUAAACAGGCUGCAAGGGCUGAGAGGAAACUCAAGCACAGACGUACUUCUGAAACCUCAAUUUCUCCGCCCGGGUCCAGCAUUGGCUCUCCGAACCGUGUCAUUUGCGCAAAGGUGGAAAACGAGAUCCUUAAGUACAAAGAUCUGGCUGCUCUUCCUAAGGUUAAAGCUAUAUAUGAUGUUCAGCGGCCUGAUCUCAUUUCCUAUGAGCCCUAUCACAGAUACACCUCAGAUGACAGGCUAGAAAGAUACAGCUAUGGGGAGUCUCUGGGAACCCUUUCACCGUACUCACAGGACAUUUAUGACAGUAUUGAUCUGAGACAGAGAAGGGCAUCCAGCCCCGGAUACAUAGACUCCCCGAGUUAUAGUCGACGGGGAAUGUCACCCACCGUGCCCCGCUCUCCUCAGCACUAUUACCCAUCAGGCACUGAAAGUGGCAGAAGCUCUCCAUAUUACAGCCAGGUCGAUGUCAAGUCUGCCACUCCCACCACCUACCAAGCUCCUAAACAUUUCCAUGUGCCAGCAGCAGCAGAGCCAAACAUCUACAGGAACCCCCCCAUCUAUAAGAGAUAUGACAACCACCACUUUGCAGGAACGAAAAGCAAGACCAGCGAGGAUAUUUUUCAGUAUUCCAAAUUCCCAGCUGCCUACUCUCCACACCACUAUCAGCAAUCUGAAUCAGACUACUAUCAUUACUCUGGUUCUUCAAAAGCCCCAAGAGCUCGGAGAUUCUCAUCAGGAGGAGAGGAGGAUGGCUGGGAUAACAGCCUCCACAAGAUCCAGAGCAGCAUCGGCAGAAUGAUUCUGAAGGAAGAGAUGAAAGCGCGUUCCGGUUCCUAUGACAACAACCCCUGGGCCAGCGCUCGCAACUCCCGCAGCGGCAGCAAGGAGACCCUGCAGAGCAUUGGAUAUGAGCCGUCAAUGAAUGGAUCUCCCCGGUCUCACUACACAGCUGACAGCGAUUCUAUUAUUUCCAAGUCAGCUUCUUUGCCUGGUUAUGGAAGAAAUGGGUUACACCGGCCUCAAAGUGCUGAUUACUUCCAGUACGAUAGCAGCAGUGCAGUGAACUGGGGAAUGAGAGACUACAAGAUUUAUUCUUACGAAGCGCUAUUAGUAACCACCAGGGGGCGAAACAGGCUGCCAAAAGAAGUAGACAGAGCCAGGUUAGAGCGCCAUUUGUCUCCAGAAGAGUUCUACCAUGUGUUUGGAAUGACAAUCGCAGAUUUUGAUCGCUUGGCCUUGUGGAAGAGGAAUGAGCUCAAGAAACAAGCACGGCUAUUUUAAAAGCAAACACAUUAUUGUGUUUAAUACCUUAUACUCUUAAGAAAAUGGACACGUCAAGAAGACACAGUGAACCUUUGCAAAUGUACUGAACUGUCUUUUUGUAUUCCACUUGUAGAUUCUGCCCUUUGUAAAUAUGUCUUCCCAAUUCUCUUAAGAGCUAAAUAGAUGUUGUAGCAUUUUGGCUUUUCCCUAUGGGUUGCAUCUGCAUAGCAGCAGACUGUAUGACUAGAAUAUUAAUAAGUGUAUCUGACAGUUUCAGAGUGAAAAAUGCAGCAUCACUUUUUACCUUUCAAGUAAUGCAUUUCAACAGAAACGUCUCACAAAAAUAUAUUGGCAUUAUACUCGUAUAUUUUAAUUCAUAUAUUUUUUGUGUGUGUUCGGUCAGGUUAUAAGCAUUACGUGUUUUUAACAAUUCCAUAACCCUUUCCUUAAAACCUUGUUAUUCCAAUAAUGUUUGUGAGAAUGUGUUAUUUGUAAAUUAUACAGCUUUAGCACCACGUGUUUGUGGCUCACACCUUCACCUUACACGUGUUUCAACCAAUCAAAAAUGAUUGUAACAAAGCAAUGGCACAUUAGAGAAUAUGUAAGGUCUCCAAAUCUGUCAUGAGUUGAAGCACUGUGCUGUAUGGUGGCUCUGGGAUACGACGUGGCAUGCAACCAAAGUACCUAUACUCUAUCUUUUUUUUUUGCACGUUACCAAUGCUUUCAGAAAAAAAAAAAUGUUUGAUUUUUUUUUUUGCCUGACUGGAACUCCUCCUAACCCCUUCCUCAUAAUUUAUAAUGUUAGAAGGAUUUUUUUUUUUUUUUUCUUGCAUUUAAAAAUAAGUUUGUAUUCUCCAUUUUAGUUUUGGAUGACUGUAGGAUGUACUGGUGCAAAACGAAAUGUAAUCGGCCAAGCGGCAUUUGCCGGCCUUUGUUUUAUUUUAUUGUGUCCCGUCCCAGGAGUAUGUUAACAGGGACACUGUUGCUUAUAUCAUAUGAUAUUAACACCAAUGUCAGUUAUUAAUUGAUGCCAUUAAUAGUUGUGGAUAGUUUGGGAUCAGAUUGCACGGCUACAGUAAGCUGCGGGUAUCCUUGCGCUUCCUUGUUGGGUUUUUUUGUAAUGAUCUACAACACCUAGUUACUUUAUUUAUCUGCCAGUACUGUAUCAAUAUACUAUGUAAAAAUAAAAAUUCCGUUUAAAUAAA